CUGUACACAGAAAGAGAGAGAGAGAGUCGAUGUGACUGCACAUGUGCCAGUGAAUACAGCUGCCACACAGAGAGAGGAUAUCUCACUUUAAAUCUGCAAAGGAAAGAAGGAUUUAAGGAUUUAAGUCUAAAGAAUCAAACUUUCUCCUGUUGAGACACAGAGGCAACAGUGAAGAGAUCAUCAACGACUUGUAAACUGUCAUGGCUCCCAGCUUGGCCCAGGCUUACAGGAGGAGGUGGUGGAUGGCCGUCACUGCCAUCAUAGAGAACCUGCUCUUCUCUGCUGUUCUGUUGGGCUGGGGCUCACUACUCAUCAUGCUGAAGAAUGAAGGCUUCUAUUCCCACCUUUGUAUUGAGAAUGAGACUGUCAGCACCAACGUCACUUCUUCAAAGAGUGAUGAUUGGCUGAGUUGUGUGGAGCAGGAAGAGAUGUUGAAUCUUGGCUUCACAAUUGGCUCGUUCCUCUUGAGCGCAGCCACUUUACCCCUGGGAAUCUUGAUGGAUAAAUACGGGCCACGCCCACUAAGGCUCAUUGGCAGUGCAUGUUUUGCAGCCUCCUGCGCAAUGAUAGCAGCUGCUGCGUACAACCCUGAAGUGUUGUCUGUCCUCAUCUUCCUUGCUGUCUCCUUCAACGGCUUUGGAGGAAUCUGUCUGACCUUCACUUCACUCACACUGCCAAACAUGUUUGGGAAUGUGCGAUCGACCAUCCUUUCCCUGAUGAUUGGCUCCUAUGCCUCCUCGGCCGUCACCUUCCCUGGUGUCAAGUUGAUUUAUGACCUUGGUGUGCCGUUCCACACCAUCAUGUGGACUUGGUCUAGUAUGGCCUGCAUGGUCUUCCUCAACUGCUUCCUAAACUGGCCUGCUGAAUCCUUCCCUGCGCCUGAAGACGUCAGAUACACUAAAAAGGUGAAGCUAAGUGGGGUUGUGACAGAGGACAAGAUGACUGGAGACAGGUACAUCACUCAUGUGACAGUCAUGGAAGACACAAUGGGAGGCAGGAUGCAAGAGCCCGAGCAGACAGACUCCAAAAACACAGCUCAGGGUUCAGUGCCACUCUGUCACUCUGUAUGCUCUCCCAUCCUCCUGUGGAGUCUCAUCACCAUGGCAAUGACCCAGCUGAGGCUGAUCUUCUUCAUGGGUGCCAUGAACAAGAUGCUGGAGUUUCUGGUCAUCCACGGCGACCCCAACCCCUCAGAAGAGCUGCAGAAGGAGGCUGAGGAACAAGUUGGUUUCUACUCAUCUAUCUUCGGUACAAUGCAGCUGCUGUGUCUACUGACUUGUCCUUUAAUCGGCUACAUCAUGGACUGGAGAAUGAAGGAGUGUGAAGAGGAAAAUGCAAACACACAAACAGAGAAGAGCCAAUCAGAUCCCCCAAAGAGAGACAGAAAGAUCCAGAAACUGACUAAUGCCAUGAGAGCUUUCAUCUUCACCAACCUCCUAUUGGUCACCUUUGGAAUAAUUUCCUUGAUUGACAACCUGCCCCUACAGGUGGUAUCAUUUGUUCUGCAUACUAUAGUGAGGGGAUUUAUCCACUCCUGCUGUGGAGGCCUCUAUGCUGCUGUGUAUCCAGCCAACCACUUUGGGACACUAACAGGCCUGCAGUCAAUGAUCAGCGCUGCCUUUGCCCUGCUCCAACAGCCACUGUUCAUGCUGAUGGUGGGACCCCUCCGUGGAGAUCCUUACUGGAUCAAUGUGGGUCUUCUCAUCUUCUCCCUGACUGGCUUCCUGUUGCCGAGCUAUCUCUUCUAUCAUCGUAGAAACCUGAUCAAGGCAAAAGAGGCUCGUAAUAGGCUGGCAGCCAGCCAAGACAAAGAGAAUGCUCCUCUAAGCCAAUCAGCUAGUGAAACCACAAAGACCCAAGCCAAUGGUCACACAGCUAAUGGAUACACACCAAAUGGGCAUACUGUUUAAGAUUACUGACAGGAAUGACAGGAAUUUAGAUUACUUUUUGUAAUUAUUAUUCAGUACUUUAUGAAUAUAGAAUUGAAGUUACAUUUGUAACCCUAAUGUUAGGCUCCUACUUUAGAAAAUAGUCUUAGACUUUUCACUAGACUCCAUCAUGUGGUCAUUUAAAAAUGUAAUUCAAAGGUGGAUCAGUGGUUAGAACUGUGGCUUCACAACACGAAGGCUUUGGGUUUGAAUCUCAGCUCUUUUCCUUCCUGUGUGGAGUUUACAUGCUGUUUCCCUGUUCAUGGGAUGUUUUUCAAGCCAAUUAGAGCCAAUUAAACAAGCAUACUACUGUAUAUACUGUUAUUUCGCCAUAGCAAGACAAUUUAGACAUGUUGACAAUUACAGAAAAAUAAUUUGAUACCCCAGCACCCU